CAUGUCCUCUUCGACAGAUGCUGCUAUCCAGGCCGAGGUCAACCGCCUCAAGCUCGAGCUCCAAGCUCUCAAGGUCGAGGAUGGUGUAGAACACAUCUACGUUGGACAGUACCUGCUUGCCAGGUUGCAGCAGCUGGGCGUCACGUCCAUGUUCGGCCUCCCUGGAGACUUCAACCUGGGCUUCUUGGACCUGGUAGAGGAUCACCCCACCAUCGAUUGGGUUGGCAACUGUAAUGAACUAAACGCGGCCUAUGCCGCAGACGGAUUCGCCCGCGUGAAAGAGCAGAGUAUCGGUGUCAUAUUGACGACGUUUGGUGUUGGAGAGCUAUCGGCAACUAAUGGCAUCGCAGGAGCUUUCUCCGAGAUGGUUCCCGUUCUUCAUAUUGCAGGCGUCCCCAGCACUGUCCAGCAGAAGACCAAACCCAUGCUUCAUCACACCCUCGGUGAUGGCAGGUAUGACGCAUAUAUGAAGGUUGCUGAGCAGUUCAGUGUAGCCCAUGCAUACCUUACCAAUCCGGCCACCGCAGCGGUUGAAAUUGAUCGCCUCCUCACUGAAUGUAUGACAAAGGCCCGUCCUGUUUACCUGACCCUGCCUACGGAUAUCGUCUACGACAAAAUAUCGUCAGCGCGUCUUAAAAUACCUCUGUCCGGUAUUCCUCCACCGAACGAGCCAGAAGCCGAGGCAUUUGUCUUGGACAAAAUUGAGCAACUCGUGAAGGAGGCGGAGGGCCAUGUGGUUGUUCUCCUCGAUGCGUGUGUUGUUAGACACCACGCACGCAAGGAGACAAAGGAGCUGAUUAGGAAGACUGGAUUCCCAGUUUACGCUGCACCCAUGGGAAAGACGGCUGUGAACGAGAGUUGGGAACGUUUCGGGGGCAUUUACGUUGGAUCGAUCAGUCACCCCGAGAUUAAGGAGAAGAUCGAGUCGGCAAAGCUCAUUUUAUCUCUUGGCAGCUUGAAGAGUGACUAUAACAGUGGCAAUUUCACUUAUAGUAUCCCAACUGCGCGCACUGUUGAGUUACACUCCUCUUGGACCAAAGUCCAGUAUUCCGACUAUGCGGGUAUCGGCAUGAAAGACCUGCUCCCGAAGUUGACCAGCAGACUGCAGUCCUAUCAGAGUGUAGCACUCAAGUACGAUGUUCCGCGUUUCCAUGCUGUCGUACCUCAGGAAGACGACGGCGUCAUCUCCCAAUCUUGGCUUUGGCCCACAAUGGCCAAAUUCUUCAAGCCAAAGGAUGUUAUUGUCGCAGAGACUGGGACUUCAAAUUUCGGUAUCUUGGAUGUGCCAUUGCCUGAUGAUUCGAUUCUGCUGAACCAGAUCUUCUGGGGAAGUAUCGGUUGGUCUGUUGGAAGCUGCCUUGGGGCUGCCUUAGCUGCGAAGGAUAGGGAUCUAGGUCGUGUCGUUCUCUUUGUCGGUGACGGUAGUCUUCAACUCACUGCGCAAGAGCUGUCGACUAUGAUUCGCAAAGACCUCAAGCCCAUCAUCUUUGUCUUGAACAACAGUGGCUAUACCAUCGAACGGUACAUCCAUGGUCAAACUCGAAAAUACAAUGACAUUACGAACUGGAAAUGGACGUCACUUCUCGAAACUUUCGGUGACCUUGAUGGCACGCGCUCAAAGUCCUAUACCGUCAACAAUAAGGAGGAGUUAACGAAUCUCCUGGACGAUUCCGAGUUUGCCAGUGCCAGCAAGAUCCAACUCGUUGAGAUCCUGAUGCCUAUGCAUGAUGCUCCUCGAGCAUUGAAAGUGCAAGCCGAAUUGAGCGGCAAGACUAACGCUUACACCAAGUAAAGGAUGAACUAUAUCUUUCUUUCAUGAUAGACCCUGUUUUAGACGAUGACUGGCCUACCUCACUUGGUUGUACUUUUGGUUAUUAGAUAUUUCAUUGAAUCAAUGGCAAUGCUUUCGUAUGGGAAUUUCAUGUACUACGUCGAAUCGUAUUCAAAAGUUUGCACAGGCCGGCGGACAAUUUCAUCAGCAAUGCUCUCCGAUGAGGAACCCUCCUCCUUGUUACGUGUUACACUCUUUGUUUCCAACUUUUCGAGAGACGAAACGCGCCCAGGUUAACGCAUUACAUCUCAUUUAUACAUGUGUAUACGAUAGUAUGUCCUACUUACUCACACCAUACUACAUAUUCGACUUAGACGGAGCUUCAGAUCCAAAGAUCUCCUUUAAGAAAGCAUCAUAGUCGGGCGC